CCUAAGAAUUUCUCUCAGUGUUGAUAGUAAACCACUCAAAAACCCCAAACCUCUCAAAAAUGGUUGACCCACUUCCCAAACCCAACUCCACACUCUCAAACCUUCUAAUGACCAGAGUCCCAAAACCCCCAGUAAACCCUCCAAACCACAAUCACAUUUGCAACCUCCUCCUCUCCCUAACUCACUCAAGGGCCCUCCCAAAGGGUCUCCAGCUCCAUGCCCAUGUCAUCAAAUCAGGCUUCCAAACCAUCCCUCUUGUCUCUCACCACCUCAUCAACUUUUACUCCAAAAACCAACUCCCCCUCCUUUCCCGCCAAAUUUUCGAACAAUUUUCCCACAAGUCCUCCACUACUUGGAGCUCCCUCAUCUCUUCCUUUGCCCAGAAUGAGCUCCCUCUUCUUGCCAUUCGCUACUUUCGCCGAAUGCUCGGCACCUCAUUGCGCCCCGACGACCAUAUAUACCCCAGUGUCACCAAGUCCUGCGCAAUUCUGAACCGCCCUGAUGUUGGGCAGUCUAUACAUUGCCUUGCCGUCAAGACUGGGUAUCAUGUUGAUGUGUUUGUGGCAAGUUCUGUGGUUGACAUGUAUGCGAAAUGCGGGCAGAUAAGUCAUGCCCGCAACAUGUUCGAUGAAAUGCCUCACAAGAAUGUGGUUUCUUGGAGUGGGAUGAUUUACGGGUACACUCAAGCCGGGGAGGCGGAGGAGGCAUUGGUGCUUUUUAAACAAGCAUUGCUUGAGGAUUUGGACGUCAAUGAUUUUACAUUUUCGAGUGUUGUAAGGGUUUGCGGCAGUUCGACGCUUCUUGAAUUGGGGAGGCAAAUACAUGGCUUGUGCUUCAAGACAAGUUUUAAUUCGUCAAGUUUUGUUGGUAGUUCUUUGGUGUCAUUGUACUCUAAGUGUGGAGUGAUUGAAGGAGCUUAUCGAGUUUUUGAUGAGAUACCUGUUAAAAAUCUUGGGAUGUGGAAUGCAAUGCUGAUAGCCUGUGCGCAGCACGUGCACACGAAUAAGACUUUCGAUCUGUUUAAACAGAUGGAAAGUACUGGGAUGAAGCCGAAUUUUAUUACAUUUUUGUGUGUGCUCUAUGCUUGUAGUCAUGCUGGGCUAGUUGAAAAGGGGCACCAUUACUUUCGGCUCAUGAAAGAGUAUGGGAUUGAGCCAGGGGAAAUGCAUUAUGCUUCCUUGGUGGACUUGCUUGGCCGUGCUGGAAAGUUGCAGGAUGCAGUCAAAAUAAUAGAGGGGAUGCCUAUUGAACCCACAGAAUCUGUAUGGGGAGCUUUGUUAACAGGUUGUCGACUCCAUGGAGACACUGAAUUGGCAGCUUCCGUGGCUGACAAAAUCUUUGAGUUGGGUUCUGUAAGCUCUGGGAUGCAUGUGCUCGUAUCUAAUGCUUAUGCUGCUGCUGGGAGAUUCGAGGAAGCAGCAAAAGCUAGGAAGAUGCUAAGAGACCGAGGGGUGAAAAAGGAGACAGGUUUGAGUUGGGUUGAGGAAGGAAACAAGAUUCACACAUUCGCUGCUGGGGACAGGACUCACAUGUGGACUAAAGAGAUUUAUCAGAAGUUGGAAGAAUUAGGGGAGGAAAUGGAGAGGGCUGGUUAUGUUGCAGACACAAGUUUUGUGCUUAGAGAAGUAAAUAAUGAAGAGAAAAACCAGACGAUUAGGUAUCAUAGUGAAAGACUAGCCGUGGCAUUUGGCCUUUUAACCAUUCCUACAGAUAGGCCAAUCAGGAUUAUGAAGAACUUGCGUAUUUGUGGUGAUUGUCAUACUGCUAUCAAGUUUAUGUCCAAGUGUUCAGGAAGGGUUAUCAUUGUUAGGGAUAACAAUAGGUUUCAUAGGUUUGAGGAUGGAAAAUGCACUUGUGGAGAUUAUUGGUGAUUAAGUUUGACAAAUUACAAAGUCUAGUUGAGAAGUUGGAGAA